AUGAACAACAUCCAUACACCUCUCAGAUCCGGCCCAUUGCUGGGUAUUAGCCUGGACCAAGAUACGUAUAUCCCAGGUGAUAUUAUUACUGGCCAUGUAUAUCGACAAUUUCAUACCAUAAGUCCAGAUGCAUCUUUGAGCAUUUGCAUGUUUGGCCGAGGGAGGACAAUAGGAGUUAUCGGCAACAGCUCCCAAGAAUACCGAGGACUUUUCGAUCUGUGCUAUCGUCCAAAGAUCAUCUUCCGGGGUCCUUUACACAUCGAGUCUUCGAAACAGAAGCAUAAAUGGCCGUUUACUGUAUAUCUUCCAAAACACGCCAAUACUUCUACACCUUUGGGUCCCAUCGACCAUAUGCCACCAUCAUAUACGCUCCGAAAGACAAAGAAUAUGGCAGCAGUCAUCGAAUAUAUCAUCAAAGCGAAACUCAUAAUGGCUGUUCAAGGUCAGACGGAAGUAUUGGAAGCUACAUUUCCCUUCAAAGUCAGAGGCUUCACUCCGGAUCCUCCAAUUGCAGACUUUCGAGUUGAACGACAUCGCCAUCAGCGUGCUGUUUCGAGUCACCGGCUUAUUCCUGGGAUGCAAAAUGUGAAGGUCUCUUGGAAAGACAAGAUCAAACAAUCUCUCCAUGGUUCGAAGGAUCCUACGUUGGCGUUUGACUUGUUUGUGGAAGUGCCGAUGGUCGUUCAGCUGGAUAACCCAACACCGAUACCGUUCAGACUCUUGGUAUCACCGAACUGGGAAGAAACGAGCGAUACAAUUCGAGAUGUAGCACAGGACGUCAACCUUGUAUCGGUACGCAUCUGUGUUGUCACCAUCACGACGAUUCUUUGCCAUGCGGGGUUGCAAAUACCAGAAAGCACAGAUAUCGACCUUGGACUCAAUCAAGCCAUUAAACAGCGCGGCGAUACAAUACGGAUCCCGUUUACAACUGAUUGGCAGCCCAUCGAUAUCGGAGAAAUGAUCAACCUUCGCAUCGGUCUACAGAAUACGGGAUUCCCUCAACAAUGGACAUCUGUGCAAUCCGAGUUCACGCACUCAUUCCGAAUGUACAACAUCCGUGUUUCACAUCGACUAGAGUGGUCAGUGCAGGGCGAAAUUGCAGGGGAAAGAUUCAAAGCGGCAGGAACAUCUGAUUUGCUCGUAUUGAAGCCGACCGAUGAUAGACAGCAGGAAUCGCAAGAUGUUGUUUUGGAGGCCGGAGAGGGAAUACCGCUGUGUUGGGAUUCAUCGUGGAUUAGACCGCCUGCUGAAGAACAGCUACCGAGCUUUGCAGAUGCGCAGAGGGAAGGAUCACGAGUAGGGAUAGCUCAUGGCUAA